AUGGCAUUCCUGGAAAAAUUAACGGCCGAGGAGUUAGCGCGUGCAAGAGCAGAAGAAGAGGUUCAGCAUUUACGAGCCUGUAUUGAAGAGAGGGAUGGACAUGACGAAGUAUCAAACAGCGAUAACAUAUCCAUAACUGAGUCCGAUAGUGAAGAGGAACAAGAACCGACAUUUAAAAAAGGAGAUAUUAAUAGGACUAGAUUACUUCGACAAAGUCUAGUAAUUGAUGUCGAUAAUGGAACGGAAUAUGUUUCGGAUUUGGAUGACACAUUAAAAGAUGAUAGUGACAAAUCAAGUGAUAAUAUAAAAAAAAUAUAUCUCAUGAUUUGGAAAAUGAAGAAUGCAAUUUGGACCUUGUCAGUUUUAAAUCGGGUUACAAAGGCCCUUUCUUUUUUAAUGAAGAUAAUGAUGAGGACUUUCAGUGUGACAAUGAUGUUGAUGAUGUACCGGAAAUCCUCUUUAAGUAUUUCCCUUGCCAAAACAGUUACUGACAUUAAAAACACAUUUAGAAAUGAUUCGUUAGCUCAGUUCGAACAAUUCGAAAUGGAAUCUAAUAAUUGUAAUCCUGCAGAAUCAUUGUCGCUAAAUGAAUUUGGUAAAAAUUUACCCAGUAACACCAAAGGUUUCUUUUAUGAUAGUGAAAAAAAUUCUGAACUGGUCAUAACUAAUAUAGAUGAUGAGAGGUCACCAUCUAUCGUUCAAGAUGACGAGAAUGACAAUUAUGAGCCCAGUAUGAUUAAAAAGCUUUUGAAAAAGAAUUUUGUUGCUCUACAUGAAAACCUCGAGCAUUUAAAUGUAGACCAAGAUACACUUAAAGGGAACAAAGAAACAGAUUUCAAGGAAAGUUUCGACUGUGUAAUUCUAGAACAUACAUUUGAAGCUUCUCAAGAAUCUGUUGAUUUAUUUGAAUCACCACGUCCAGGGAAUACAGAAUUAUUCUCAGCGAUAAGCAUAACAAGCCUAGAGAUAAUAUUGAAUAGUCGCUAUAAAACUAUCCCUAGCUUUCCCUCAUUAGAAAAAGAUAACAUAAAUGAAAAAAGCGAAACUGACAACAUUAUCGUAGAAAACAUACGAAAACUGGGUAUAGUCGAUGUUUCUCACAUUGAGGAAGAAACAGCAAAUGAUAGUAAAAAAGAAACUAUUGUUAUCGAAAUAGACGAAAAGGAAUCAAAAAUUCGCCAAUCCCUUUCACCGUUAAUCAAAACAAGUCGUGAAAUCGAAACUACGACUAAACCAAACAUUCUAGAAGAUGAAAUAAAAACAGAAUCACAUAUUUCAAUUGAUGAUGCAUCAUUAAAUGUAAAACAUUCUUUACCUAAACCAUGCGAUUUGUUUAAAGUACCAUUACCAUUAAAUGAAAAUACCAAAUUGGAGAAGGUAAAACAUUCAAAAAAUACCAAUGAUGUUAACGAAAAGACAUCAAAUGACAUAUCAAUUGCAAAUGUAACUAUUAACAAUACUUUAGAUGCCUUUGAGGAUAUUUACAAGAAUAUCACCUUGCCACGUGUGACCGAAUUUGAUUUAUUGGUAUCCACGAUUGAAGAGAAAGCCCCACCCCCACCGGAGGCUAAAACAAAAUAUAAUUUAAGACAGAAAUCUAUUAAAACCAGAGCUCAACAUACUAAAGAAGAAAUAGUUCAGUUAGGAAAUAAUACAAAUGAUCAGGAAGAGGUUAAAAAAUUUGAUGGCUAUGAUGAAAUACUGAUUGAAACUCAAGCAAAAUGUGAAUCAAAGCCAAAACGAAAUCUUAGACUGCACCGGCGCAAAGACGGUGAACUAAAAUUUAAGGACAUGGCCAAUUUGCAAGCUGAAUUUAGUGACGUUACUAUGAAUUUGCCUGCGCCAACUAAACUGGUAGAAGAUAUUCCUUCGCCUGUAAAAGAUGAUGAAGAAGAUAUAUCUCCAAUACUAGGCAUACAAAGCUGUCCAUCCAAAUCUGUAACUCGCAGCCGAAGAAAGCUAUUUACUCCAAGAGCAGAGGCGCUUGAGGAAACAUGUCCACAGACCGUUGACGGUGGCGAACAAAUUCGGGUUCCGCGACCGUCUUACCACCGACCAAGAGCUCGUAGAAAGCUUUGAAAAAUCUAAUACAUUCUUACCUAGUUUGGUACAGGUAACCAAUUGGUGACAAUAAUUAUGUUUACUUACUCUACUCAAUUUGACAACUGAAGAUUUUUUUUAGAAUUAAAGCUAUUUUUGAUUAUAAAGUUCAAUUGUGUAAGAAACUAGUUGCAUAUGUGUACUUUUAACUUCUGGCAAAUUAUGCUUACUUGAUUAUCUAUGUAUUAUUAUCAAUAAAUAAAUAAU